AUGAAAACUGCAAUUACACGCUUUAGUGGGCUCUUUGCCGAUUGUGAGGUCUUUGGCAAUUGGAGCGGUGUAUCGGCGCGUCGCCAAUGCCCCGUCGGCGGUUACAGGAUGUCGCCGCCGCGGGCGCUGCUGGCGGUCCUCCUCAUAUGUCAACUGCUCUCCUACGGUGGCCACCAAGGACUCACCAAGAUAUUCUACACGUUACCUGACACUGGACAGCCUCCAGUGCUCAUAUCGUUAGCAGACAACGCCAAAUUGGAAUUGAGACAUCCAGACGAACUGCUGUUCGUUAACGACUCCGAGGAACUGAAUGACACUAAAAUAUUCGCCAUCAUCGACGGCGAAACCGACAGUGAAGAAGAGAGACCCCCUGAAGAUGUGGCGAAAGAAAAAGAAAGCACAGAGCCACGCGUCACUGUUAAAGCUAAACCAAUACACGAAACUAGACAAGUAGAAGAAGCAUUUCAAGCGGCCUCAGAACCAGAUAUAACAACAGAAUCUCAAAUUGAAGAAUCCAAAGAACCAGUGACAGAAAACAUUCCAGUUAAACCAGAGACUCCACAGGAGGACAUUCCUUCAUUCUCUGAAUGGGCCCAGAAACAAUUAGCCGAAGCCGAGAAAAAAGACACUGUAUUAAACCACUCAAGUCAACCUAGUCAUAGUAAUACGAACUUUAGUAGUAAAAGCACCAAAUUAAGGUCAAAAAAUUAUGCUUCACUUGCUUGCGGAGCGAAAGUAGUUGCCGUCAAUCCGGAGGCAGGUUCGGCCAGUUCUAUUCUGUCGCCCAAUAGGGAUGAGUACAUGCUCAACACGUGCAACAGCCGUAUUUGGUUUGUUGUGGAGCUCUGCGAGGCUGUACAAGCGCAGAAAAUAGAGAUAGCUAACUUUGAAUUAUUCUCAUCCACUCCCAAAGAUUUUGCUGUUUACUUUAGCGACCGGUUUCCAACAAGGGAGUGGGCUAGCGUCGGACAGUUCGCAGCCCAAGAAAUGAGAGACGUGCAGAGUUUUGAUUUGUACCCCCAUUUAUUUGGUAAAUUUAUCAAAGUAGAGAUGUUGUCACACCACGGUUCCGAGCAUUACUGUCCGAUUUCACUGUUUAAAGUAUAUGGGACAUCAGAAUUUGAAGUGUUGGAAAAAGAAAAUUCUCAGCAUCCUGCGCACAUAGAUGAGGACGAGGAUGAUGAUAUACUAGAUGUGCCAGAUAUCCCCGCCGCCGAAAUUGAGCCGUCUAAAAAUCUAUUCGGUUCUGCAAGAGACGCAGUGAUGUCAAUAAUGAAAAAGGCGGCUCAGGCGUUGGUGAAAACAGAAGUUCCUAAAAAUGUAUCAUCGGAACACAACGAUACGUCGUCAAACAAUGAAUAUAAACGGUGUUGUUCCCCCAGCCAUAUAAUCGUGUGUGAUAAUUGCAGCGAGACUCUUUACAAUGAAGUGUAUGAAUUGAUUAGUUGCAGCUCGGACAAGUUAGUGAAUUUAGUGCGUCAAGUAUUCCUCCGGGAUACACUAAAGUGCACCGGCAUUUGUCAGCCGUAUGGACUAGAUUUUAAAAGUACAAAGACUAUAGAGUUUAAUGAUGAACGUGUUGCUUAUAUAAACGCUUUAUUUCCUCAAAAAUAUUUAGCCGCCCUAUGUAAUAUUAUAGCUAUUAAAGAGAAGAAAGUUGUUUUAAACACAAGUUUUGAAACUGAACUAAAUGUUACCAUAAAUGUAACCGUGGAAGAAUCGCCACAAAAAGUAAGUAGUGAUACGAAUUCAGAACAAGAGAUAAAAUUAGUGCCAGAUAAAAAUACCGCUACAGAUGAUAACAAUAUUAAUGAAACGACACAAUCCGAAGAAAAGAGAAUAAUCGAAGCGGUAACUGAGAGUACUGCUGUACCGACAGAAUUGCCAAAAGAGAUAAUCGAGUCAGCUGAUGAUAAAGUAGAAGAGACUCCUUCGAUUGAAGAAAAACCACCUCAAGAAUCACAAGAAGCUCAAAUAGAAAUAGAAAAAGGUGCUGAAGUAAUUAUUGAACCUGAUAAUAAAGACAGUAAUCAGAAAACAGAAGUAAAGAAUGGUAAAUCGGAAGUUGUCACUGAGAAAUUAAAGGACAAUAAUGGCUUAGAGGAAGGAAAUGAUCCGAUAGUGAUUGACAAUGAUAACUUUAUAUCCGAUUUUGAUCAGAUUGCUGUAGACCCAACUCCUGCGGGCGUGCACGCGUCUCAAAAUCAAAAUCAACCUCAAACUACGUUGCAGAAGGAAUCCGUAUUUUUGAGGCUAUCCAAUAGAGUAAAGACGCUGGAACGCAACAUGUCCCUUUCCGGCCAGUACUUGGAGGAGCUAAGCAGACGCUACAAAAAGCAAGUUGAAGAGAUGCAGAAAACCUUCGAAAAGACCGUGUUGCAGAUGACGGAUGAGCGACGGAAAAGCAACGAACGCGAACAGAAGUACCUGGAUCAGAUGACGACGUUACAGGAACAGCUUGGCCAAAUGGCGGCAGCAAUGCACAUCCUCAUGGAAGAAAGAGAUAGCUGGUUCGGUAAUAUCAACUUCUUCAAAUUCGUCGUUUUCCAGUCAAUAAUCAUCGCAGUAGUUUUCUAUGUUUUGGCCAAGAAGCGAAAAGUCGAGACUGUCAUGGUACCGAUAGCAAAAAAAAAUAAAAAGAAACCAGAUAAAUUCAGGCGGAAAUCUGUUGAGGGUGUAAGUGGACACGCCACGCCAUCGGUCAAGAAACGGCGCCCUAGUGAAGAAGCGUUGCAAAUAGCCAGACUGUCUACUGAAGAAACAAGCAGAGAUGAAGAUGAGGGAGAAUGGCAAAUAGCUCGCAAGAACAGAAGAAGAAAAACUUCAAUAAUACACCGAGAGGGAGAAGUAGAACCGCCUAAAGAUUGGUCACGACAGGAUAGCAUUGGGAAAUUACAGGAAAAUACUAUUACAUUAGACGAAGAGGAGUUCUUUGGUCCCGUUCCAGAGCCUAAAGAAUUCAAUGAGAUUGAAGACACUAUUCCUCUGAAACAGGAGUUCCCUAAGACAAACGGCUCCUUCUUCAACAACUUGAAGAGCAAGACUAUGAAAACGAGACGGCUGUCGUCGCCAGCGUUCCUGAGGACUUUGAGUCGUCAGAGCAGUAGAAGCACGCCUAGUCCAGUCGUGAGGAAUCUAGAGCCAGUUUUUAAUGGAAAUGUAAAUAAGAAAGCGUCUUCGGAGUCGCCCACCGGGAGUCUGUGGUCAGAAUCAACAGAAAUAUCUCAAAAUGGUCAACAAGAAGAACAAGUUGGCGGCAAGAAGAAGAAAAGCCUUAAGAAUAUUCUGAAGAAAGUGUUUUGA